GCGCGUCUCGCAAAGGUCACCAAUAUGCCCACCUCGCACUUGAACGCGCUGCUCGUCUCUACGGCAAUGGCGUCCUAUCUCCUGGGCCGAGCCGUUGCCACCAAGCAGCAGCACAUCGGGAAGUUUGGUGGCACGGUUUGGCCAUCGAGCCGACUGUUGCCGAAGAACCCGUUCGUCUUUUGAACCUCUCGUCUACAAAUAGCGCUCAGUGUGUGGAUCAGCGAGAUCAAUCUCUCAAAUUACCUGAGUCCGAGUCAGCAGUGACUGCACGGGGUCCGCACACAUGUGACAUGAGACAUGACUGCGCACGGCCCGGCGGGCGUGCAGCACGGGGCCGUACGGCGGUCAGACGUCAGUCGUCCCCUCGCCAGAUUGACAGAGCGUAGUGCCAGCCUCCUGUUCUUAUAUGUACGUACUCUCUCUUAUGUAUGUGAGAUGGAACAGAGCUACAUACACUGAAAA